AUGGGUGCGGGACCUUCGAAGACUUUCAUUUACACCUACGAGCAGAAACAAGUGCUGGCAGAGCGCCCUGCAUCGCAUUUGGUGCGUAGUGCCUAUAAAACCCGCCUUCGCAAACACUUCAAACUGAAUCUCGGGCCUUUCGCUCGAAAGUCGGCCACCAUUGCGGUUAGGGAGUUGUUUCCGGAGAUUCCUGCACACCACACAAUCUCUUUCUACACCUCCGAAUUGCUGAUCUGUCACGGAGAGACCACGGAGAUAUCGUCUUCCGCAUGGGCCGAUGCCAUCCCUCGGUUGGAGAGGCUCACUGUCAAAUCUCUCGCCUCCGGUUCUCCAGGUGAUCGAAAGUCGUUCUUCGACGGAUCCAGAAAGGUGUAA